CGCACCUAGAUUCUAUUCCACCAAUCACCAUGUCCUUCGGGCUCGCACCUAGACUCUAUUCAAUCCAAUCUGCUUCUACAAAACCUAGUCUCCCACUCCCACUGCGUCCCCCCCAUUAAUUCCCUGCUUCCCCUCUCUCUCUAGAUUCGUCGAGAAGGUUCUCUCUCCUUAUCCAUUUGUCUAAAACCACGCGUUCAGACCUUUGUUCACUUCCUGAAUCUCUUCAUAGAUAGUUCAGUCUGGGUCUUUUUAGCUUUGUUCUGCAGUUGGUUUCAUUUUAUUCCAAGCUUAAAUAUUCCUUCUGUCACUUAUAUCUCUUUAGCUUAAGAAGCGGAAGAAUGAGAUCAAGCAAGGGACAGUACCAAAACAAGUUCAUGCGGUUUCUAACGACACCCAUUAGGAUUCUGGGCAAAGCAAGAGACAUUUACGUGCGACGCAUCACAGACUGCGCCACAAGAGUCAGCUACGGCCAGGCCAUGGGCUGCUCGGCCGCGUUACCGAAGAGUUUCAGUGUCAGCUCGUCGAGGUCCAACGAUGGUGACGAUUUACGAGAGCUUAUAAGAGCUGCCUCGGUUCGGACUUUGAUCGAGAGCAUUGACAUGGAUGCGAUUCUAAAGCAGCAGGGGGCGGCGAAUUCCACGGGAUCCAAGGGGUUGCCCAAGUGCUCUAGCGUCGGCAUGGGCAAGAUUGAUGAAGACAGGCCCUGUGAUUUUGAAGGAGUUGGUUUUGGGGCGAAGGCGGAUUUGCUGUAUCCAAGAAGCAGAAGCUAUGCUGUCACAAAUACAAGCUCUGUGUUCUGAAUCUUCUGAUCCCCCCUUUCGCAGGCAGUAUCUGGUGCGAGGGAUUGCAUGUCGGGGAUUGUAGUAAUAAAUAAUUACUCCCAUCUUUUGUAAUAUAGGAGGUGAACGAAUUAUUCAUCACCCCCUACUAUCCACCCCAACCUCUUCCUGAGUAACAUUAAAUAUUGCUAUACCAAAAAGAAAAUGAAGGUCGUAUGGCAAGGC